AUGAGAUCUUCCGCCGUCUUCAACCUCGCAUAUACAGCCCGCACACUGUCACAAAGAAGGCUAGUCCGUGUUCAACUCAAAACCGAAGUUCCCGGUCUCGGUAGCGCAGGAUCCAUCGUUCUCGUCCAACCCGGACGCAUGCGCAACGAGCUCCUCCCAUUCAAGAAAGCCCUCUACGAUCCUCUUCCCACCCCUUUCCAACUCUCCAACCAAAAAGCCACCAGCUCCGUUCUUGAACAAAAGCUCGAGUCCGCACAAGCCACUCUUCAGCUCCAGCCAGCUCCCGAAUCGCUCACACAAGAACUCGGACCUAUCCAGCUGUUAAGCUUGAGGAGGAAACUCGAAGCUGCUCCUCCUCUUGUUUUUACUAGGCAGACAACGGUCAAGUUUAAACCGAGCUCAAACUCGGCUACUACUGCAACUGGGGAAGUGGAGUUGCCAAAGCCGGCACUGGGUAUUCAGGGAAGCAUUUCAACACGCGACCUUGUUGCGUUUUUGAAGGAAAACGGCGCAUUCGAUCUUGAAACGGAUUCCAGCGAAGAAGGCAAACCUGUCCAGCUCAACCGUCUGACUUCGGCUCAGAUCAUCACGGCGUGCGAAUUCACCCUUGCUCCUGCACACGAGAGCGACGGUUCUAUCGAUAAGCUCGGUCGUAUCAAGAAAACAGGUCGAUUCACUCUCGUUGCUCAUAUUCUGCCCUCCAACAUUCGAGUCAGAAUUCCAGUGAUCGUUCGACCUAACACUGCUUCUACCGCCGUUUCUUCUUCCUCUCCUUCCCCCUCCUCUACCGCCGUUUCUCCUUCCUCUCCUUCCCCCUCCUCUUCCGCCAUGUCGAGCACACCAGCAGGUGCCAGAGGCUACGCAACAAGCGCCAAACCCCAACCCACCAGUAUGGAAUCCUCCAUGCGCACCAAACUCGAAGCCGAAUUCGGACCGGAAGUCGAAAUUCACAUCCGCAACGACUCAUCCAAACACGCACACCACGCAGCGAUGGCCGCACAGGGUGGUGGGAACGGAGAGACGCACUUCUAUGUGCAUGUAAUCUCGGACAAGUUUAAAGGUAUGACUCAGAUCAAGCGUCACAGAGUGGUAAAUGGGUUAUUGGAGGCAGAGUUUGAAAGGGGUCUACAUGCGUUGAGUUUGAGGACUAAGACUUGGGAUGAGGAGAACAAGACCAAGCCCUCAAGCACUGAUGGGCAAGAGGCAAAGAGCACCAAUGCCGACGACGCAACCCAAUGUCGACAAGACCACGAAGGACCUCCUUCUUCCUCAGAGGGAUCAGGAUCACUAUGGCAAGCUCCGCAAUCGCACCUCCACUCAACAUCACCCCUUGCUUCAACCCCAUCUUCCAACUCGGCCUCCACCACCCAAACCACAGACGACAUCCUCUCGGCAUUCUACACGCGUCCACCGACAACGGCUACGAUCCCCACGCCUCGCACCCCGGUCUCCCGCGCCGCUCGCGAAAAGUUCUUCCGUCGCGCAACAAAGCACGAGGCCCUGGAGCCCUCCUAUCGUCAAAACCUCCUCAACGUCAUCGGUGGAGUGCUAGCCACUGUCUGCGGGACAUAUAUGGUUUUAUUUGCUGAUUUCGAUCAGCCGGAGGGAGCAGAGAACUGUUUCACUGGUCUAAGGAGGGCUGUUUGGGGUCCGGAGGGUCCACCCAAGCUCUUUUGA